AUGUGGCAUAAUAAUCUCAAAUUCACUUCUGAAUUUGAAGAAGAUGCGACACUACCCUUCCUCGGCGUACUAAUCAAAAAAGAAAACAAUUCCUUAAUCACAAGUGUUUAUCGAUUAAUCAAAAAAUUGACAAUUAGAAUUCAACGUAUAUGUUCAAACGAAACAAUAGCUAAAGCAGAAAAAAGAAAAUUAGAUGAAAUACUAAAAAACAAUGGAUAUCCGGCUCACAUCAUUCGACGUGGAAUUAAAGCAGGUGAAGCCAUUGCAAAACGAUUACAACAACCACAACCAAAAGAGCCAACUGUAGAAAAACAGAAAAUAUUCUUCGCCAUUCCUUACUUUGGUCAAGAAUCAAUCGUCUUCGCCAGUCGUGUAAGAAGAAUAUGUGAUAAAAUGUUAUCACACAUACAUCUAAACAUAGCAUACAAAAAACAAGGAACACUAAAACAAAACUUCUUACCAACUCAAAAAGGUCGCGACGAAUCGAAAAGUAAUAAAGAACUAAUUUAUCAUAUACCAUGUCAAAAUUGUGAAAAAAUAUAUAUCGGAGAAACAGGAAGAUCACGAGAAACAAGAAUCACUGAACAUCUAAAAGCAAUAAAGAAGAAAGACACCAACUCCGAAAUAGUAAAACAUAUACUUAAUACGAAUCAUACCAUGAACUUCAACAAAACAACAGCAUUAGCCAAAGAAACAAAUUGGAAAAGACGUAUAAUCAAAGAAAGCUUACUUACAUUUGAAAGCAAGGACAAAGCAGUUACUGAAGUCAAACAUAAAUUACAAGUAUUUGGAUAG